CUGUACAUCUCAGAGUGGUGAUUUUGAAUCGAAUCCACGAACAACCACCGAUUUAAUUCUCAGUGAUAUUCGAAAUGCUUUUAAAACCGUUACAAAUAAUACGAAUCUUGUAAAUCGUAUGAUACCACAAAUGUACGAGCCGGUCAUGAAACAAUCAAAAUUUGCCUUUAUUUUCGAAUUACCCGACGCUAAUGUCAAAAACGGUUAUUCAGUGUGGAUGAUGCAACGUACUGAUCUUGUGGAUCCAGUUUUUCCCAAUCUAACAAUUGAGUACAUGCGUGCGCAAUUAUAUAAAAAACGUUCAUCAGCGACAGUCCACAGCGAUAAUAUUGAUGAGAAUAUAUCUAAAGACAGUGUAUUGCCGCCUGCAAAUGCUUGGGGUUCGUUGGGAUUGGAUGGUUGGUCUGGCGCAAUUGCACCGGUGAAUGUUGCGUACCAUACAAAUGAUAAAUAUCCGGCCAGUGAUAUUCUUAUGGAUUUAGAGAAUGAAACAGGAUAUGCAGGGAAUAUUGAUGAUGACGGAAAUAUUUAUAUUGCACGCGUUAAUGAUCCAUUCGGUACCUCAGUAAAGUGGGAGCAAAG